GGACGCGCGUGGAUAUAAAAGCAGCCAUUUCAGCUCAACCAACAGUCACUCCGAGGGGUGAGGGGUCAUUGGGCGCACCAAAAGCACCUGGAACAGCAGCAGCAGCAGCAGCUGCUGCAGGUGCUGCUGCUAGGGAAGCCCCGGCAGGAGCAGGAGGCUCACCAGAUUUAGCAGCAGCUUGGGGAGGCCAGCCUUCCCCAGGCGCUAGCAGGAGCCCUGCUUCCGCGCAACCACCAUCUCAUCAGUAUAAUGGGAGCCCACCACGUGAACCACUCUAUCCUCCUGCUUCCCCUGUAGGAGGCAGUAGGAGUCCUGCUUCCGCCCAACCACCAUCUCAUCAGUAUAACGAUACCCCACUGCCUGAACCGCUGUAUCCUCCUCCUUCCCCUACAGGUGGCAGCAGGAGUCCCGCUUCCGCCCACCAUUCUUCCGCUCCCCGGUCGGCCGCAGCUGCAGCUGCUCUGAGUGCCCUCGGUGCUGCUACUCUGGCAGCAGGAGGGCCUCUUGCUGCACAAGGGGGUACUGCUGCUGCUGGCACUCCUCCUGUAGAUUCACAGGCCCACGCUCCGUAUUCCCAUGGCCCAUCACCGCAUAGAUACGGUUCGGAUAGCGUGGUCAGUAGUGGAACAGGAGGGGGUCGUGAGUCGGCUGCUAGCAGCAGGGGUGGUGGCAGCGCUGGUGGGGUUUCCGUGGCGAGCAGUGGGCAUGGGUUUGGGGAACCAGGAAGCAAGAAGAGCGAGAUUGGGAGAGGGAGAGCCGAGGAGUCUGGAGGGAAGGGGAGCAUCCUGGGAUCUGCCUGGAGGUCUGGUGGGUCGAAUAAGAAGCUGCCACCUGGCACUGAUGAGGAGCGGUGGAAUGAUGACGAGGACGAUGAUGACGUGGCGUCGUCCGAUUCGUCCUCGUGUUCGGAUUCGUCUGAGAUGUCUUCCACGCUUGUGGCGGGCGGUGGCGAGGACUCGCCAGCUGGCACAAGAGAUGGAGAAUCUGCCAGCUCAGCGAGGGGGCGGCUGAAGUGGCCUUUGCGCCAGCUGGCAUCGGGGCUGACGAUGGAGGAGCUUCAAGCAAGCGCCUAUGAGGUGCUGCUACUUGCGGCAGCGGAAUCCGGAGCCAUUUCUGCACCAGGGCCCACCACCAGUGCGGCCAGCAGCAGCAGCAGCAAGAGCAAGCCCCGCCGGCCCGAGUCCCCUGUGGAGCCCAAGUCCAAGUCCCCCGGCGGCUUCAUGUCCCGCUUUGCCAAGAAGGUUGGGGUCAACGUGGGGCAACUCAAACAAGCCAAACCUGCUGCUGCUGCUGGUGCUGGCACUGGUGCUGCCGGUGGGGCUGGAGAGAGAGGGGUUGGGAGCGGUGGCGGUGGAGAGGGAGCAGGAGGAGGAGCCCUGCCUCCGGAGCUGGUUCGCAUGCAACAGCAACUGGGGGUACCCGAGUCUCUUCACGCUCUCGUCCUCUCAGCCCUCUUCCUUCCGCCCCCCUCACACACCGUCGAAAUGCCAUCCCCCAUCAGCCCCCUCACUGGUGCCGCAGCAGCAGCAGCAGCUGCCGCCAUUUCCCCCCUCCCUCUCCCCCUCUGCUUGCUCCUCCACUUCUCCCCCAUCCCCUCCUCUCUCUCCUCCUCCUUCUCCCCCGGAGUUGGUGCUCUGAAGGCCGCUGCUUCUUCUCUUGCUGCGUCAUUCUCCAAUCUGUCACCAGACCUCCGCAGGGCGUUCUACCACAGACAGGUGAAGCUGCUACGGGAACUUCUGCUAGACGUCACAGGCACUGCAAAGCAGCAGGGCACAGGAAAGAGAGGAGAGGCAGCGGGCGGGGAUGAUUGUGCUGAGGUGGCAGCUGCUCUGGAUGCCAUGCUGGCACUUGUAAAGGGUCACGAGUUCAUUACCUCCCCGCCCUCCUUCGAAGCCAAGUGGAGCCGGAAACUGAGCGAGUUGCGCUGGCUGCUGGUGGGGGGAUUCGCCUGGGGCGGCAGGAGAGGAAACGCAGCAGUACUGGCCGCAGCAGCAAGCAACAACAGUGCUGGAAGUGCUGGUGGUGCUGCUGCUGGUGCUGGUGGCAGUGCUGGUGGCAGUGCUGGUGGCAGUGGCAGCAGGCAAGGGAAGCAGGUACCGGUGCUGCCUGGUGCCUGGUGUCCCACCAGAGCCAGCUUGAACGCGUCUCUGUACCAUCAGCUGCUGUCCGCCUGCUGUGAUCCCUCUGAUUCGGCCUCUUCCAUCGACCUCCUCUUUGAGAUGGAGGAGAGAAUUGAGGCCGUCAGGCCCACGUGGCAGCCUCUGGGAGUGACACCUGUCACGCACAGUGCCCUGCAAGCCUGGACUCUCUGCCAGAAGGCUUCUGUUCCAACUCUCCCUCACCCGCUCUCAUCACCAUCGCCAGCUGGCGGUCUGCCAGAUCAGCAGCAGCAGCUUCUGCCAAUCAGAGCCGUGCUUCCGCUCAUCUGCCAAUCACUGCGCCGCUUACCAACCACUGCCUGUGCCCGACCAUCAUCAUCCUCAUCCGCAACAGCAGCAGCAGGAACAGCAGCAGCAGCAGCAAAAGCAGUAGCAGCAGCAGAUUGCAGAGAGGAACCUUCAGCGAAGGUUCUCCUUCUCCCGUUCGUGCAGUCGGUGUCUCGCUUCCUGUCGUCCCUUCUAAGUGACUACCACCACACCCUGCUGGAGGCUUCCAGCAGUACUGGCGCGAAUGCAGACGGAUUGGCAGCAUUGGAAUCGGCUCUGGACUCAUACCUGUGCUGCUGCGACCUGCUGGAAGCAGGCAGGAAGAGGAGUAGCCGCAGGCACACGACCCCAGGAGGAGCACCACCGAGCAUGGAGCGAGUGGAGGAGGUACUCGAGUUCGUGCACAUGUCAGUGCUCUCGUCCUUCGACCGCGCCUGCCUAGACGCCAUGGCAGCAGCAGCAGCCAAAGCCCAGCAGCACACCCACGACCAGAACGCCGAUGGCAGCUCCUCCUUCUCAUUCCCAGACCCUUCCACAGACGGACCCGCUUCGGAUUUCAGAGCAGCAGGGGCGGGCGGAGAGUGGUAUCAGAGCUGCACCCCGACUGCUGCAAGGAAUUUUUCCUCCGACCCCUCUCCAUGCAUUCUCACCACAUUCCACCUCUCCCAACGCCUUCCCCCUGUGUACCAGGACCCGUUCCUCUCAGUGGUAUCAGAGCUGCACCCCGACUGCUGCAAGGUGUUUUACGCUGUGGACGCAUUUGACAGGCGCGUGCAGCACGUGGUUCAGGGGGAGGUGCGGGCAGAGGAAGAGGAGAAGAAGAGAGCAGGAGAGGGGCAUGGGGGAUACGGCCAUGCAGCACAGAUCGCAAGCGAGCUCAACCCGUACCAGGUGGGUUCCCUUUGGUCUCGAGUUCCCCUCUUCAUUCUUCCCCAUUCUCUUCAUUUCUAUGAUGAAGUACUUGAUCAGUUCCCCUCUUCAUUCUUCCCCAUUCUCUUCAUUUCUAUGAUGAAGUACUUCAUCAUUCCCCUCUUCAUUCUUCCCCAUUCUCUUCAUUUCUAUGAUGAAGUACUUGAUCAGUUCCCCUCUUCAUUCUUCCCCAUUCUCUUCAUUUCUAUGAUGAAGUACUUCAUCACGCAGCAGCAGAAGCUGCACGUGUGGAUGGAGAGAGGUGUAGAGGCAGAGACCUUCGAGCCAGCCUCAGAUACAAUCAAGCAUGGGGCUUCUGCAGUGGAUGCAGUGCGCCUGGUAGAAGAGGUGCUAGAGCAAUUCUUCCGGCUGGGUCUCCCUCCCCGCCUGCCCAUGCUACAACAAAUCGUCCACAGCACCGACACCCUCAUGAGCGCCUACGUGGCCAAGAUUGCUGCUCUCGGCCCCAGAGACGACCUCAAGCUGCCUCCGCCGCCCCUCACGCGCUUCAAGGAAGACCUGGCCCAGCGGCUCGCUGAUAAGGCGGAGAGAAAGGCAGAGAGAGAGGAGAGGGUGCAGAAGGGAAAAGCGGGGUAUUUGGAGGGGCUGUGGCAUGCGCGGAAGGGUGUGGGAGGUGGGGGAGGGGGAGCAGGAGCGGGAGUGGGAGGGAGAGUUGGGGUGAGGGUGGUUGAUGCGGCGAAAGCGGCUGCGAUUGAUGCGCUGACUGUGAAGAAGCUGUGUGUGCGGAUCAACACUCUGGAGUUCGUGACAGUAGAGCUUGACAAGUCUGAGAAGGCUCUUUGUGAGCGCUGGGACGAGUACGCGCCGCACCUCAAGAUUGAUGACAUGGCAGCUUUGGCCCCAUCCCAGCUAACCUCCUCCCUCGCCUUCCGCCUAUCCACUGAGGGUGUUUCUGGGCUCAAGAGAGGAAGCUUCUAUGAGCAGACUACCACGCUUGCAGCGCAGCGCAUGCAAACCCUCUCGGACUACCUCGGCACCAAAGUAGUGUGGUGGGACCUGAGGGAGGCGUUUCUGGAGGAGGUGUAUCGUGUGAGCGUGGAGUCGUGCCGCAUGAGUAACCUCAUGCUCAAGCUGGACCCGGUGUUGGGGGAAAUUGUGGAGACCGUCUCAGACUCUCUGAGGGAUCGUGUCGUCACCUCUCUCCUGCACUCUGUUCUGGAGGGCCUGCUGCGUGUGCUUCUGGAUGGUGGGCCUCUGAGGGUGUUCGCCCAGUCAGACUACGAUGCCCUGGAAGAUGACCUUCGCAUUCUCAAGGAGUUCUUUGUGGCGAACGGCAAUGGCUUGCCACAGGAGGUGGUAAACAAGGCAGCAGCUCAGGUGCAGCAAGUGCUUAACUACUACUCCCUCGAUACUGCUGACGUCAUUAUCGUUUACAAGCAAGCAGCGGGAGCCAGUCAAGCGGCAGGUGGUGCUUUCCGGGCGUCUUCAUUUGUGAAGGGUGGAGGCGCAGGGCUCACUGGGCACGAUGCACAUGUGCUUCUGCGUGACGCGAGGGCGGAGAUAAUCCCCGCGCCUCCCUCCAACUCCUCCGUCUGCCGCAACUGCCAGGGCGCCGGCGCUGUUGUCUGCGACAUGUGUGGUGGUACGGGCAAGUGGAAGGCGCUGAACCGCAAGAGAGCCAAGGACACGUACGAAUUCACCGAAUGCCCCAACUGCUACGGUCGAGGCAAGCUGGUGUGCCCGGUGUGUCUGGGCACGGGAGUUGGGAACGCCAAGGGGUUGCUGCGGCGGCCCGAGGCGAAGCAACUGCUGGAUCAGAUGUACCACGGUCGCCUGCUGCCCCCCUCCUAG